UCUGAGCUUCUACACGAUCCUCCACGAUUUUUCAUUUCAGGUGAUUUAAACCUGCAGCGACUCUGACGUGUACCUGCCGUUUCUGCAUCCAGUCCACCGCGAUUCAGACGCGCUGCACGGCUCCGCCAUGCCGGAAGCGGAGGGAUCUGGCCGGACUCCGCAGGGUGUUCCCUACAGCGACCUGCCGCACAUCAUCAACGCGGACCAACUGCACCUGUUCUGCCGCUACUGGGAGCCUGAGCAGCCGCCGAGGGCGUUGGUGUUUUUGGCACAUGGAGCUGGAGAGCACUGCGGAGUAUACAAUGAUGUCGCUAGUGUGUUGACCAAACAUUCCUUGCUCGUGUUCGCCCAUGACCAUGUUGGACAUGGGCAGAGCAAAGGAGAGAGGAUGAACAUUAAAAACUUCCAGAUUUACAUCAGAGACUCCCUGCAGCACAUCGACCUGAUAAAAUCACGCUACCCCAACCUGCCCAUCUUCAUUCUUGGCCACUCAAUGGGUGGAGCCAUCGCCAUUUUGACAGCAUGUGAGAGGCCGCAGGAUUUUGCCGGCGUGGUUCUGAUCGGCCCUUUGAUUCUAAUGAACCCUGAGUCUGCAACACCCUUUAAGGUUUUCAUGGCAAAAGUCCUGAACCAUAUGGCUCCCAGCCUCAGUCUCGGCUCCAUCGAUCCCAAGCAAGUCUCCCGGGACCCAAAACAGGUGGAGGCCUAUGAAACAGAUGAGCUGGUUUAUCAUGGAGGGAUGAAAGUCUCAUUUGGAAUGCAACUGAUGGCAGCCUCUUCACGCAUUGAAAAAGAACUUCCUGAUAUCACCUGGCCUUUCCUGCUUCUGCAUGGCAGUGCCGACAAGCUCUGUGAUGUUGGAGGAUCUCAGCUUAUGCACAAUCAAGCUAAGAGCACAGACAAAACAAUUAAGGUGUAUGAUGGGGCGUACCAUGCUCUGCACCACGAGCUACCUGAAACGGCCCAGUCUGUCCUUCAAGAGCUAACAACCUGGAUUGUGGAGCGUCUUCCCAACCCUUCUGGGCCUUAGCUGGUCAUCCUCCAAUAAAUCCCACCCUUUUGGAUUGAUCCCGCCCCUUGACCAUUUUCACAUCUCUCAUGUCUGUUUACAACAACUCGUCCUGCUGUGGUGCAACCAAACUCAAUUAUUUUCAUUAUUAUUAAAACAAUAGAGGUCAGGGGUCUCUGAACUUUAACCUAUGGCGCCUAGGGCCGAGCUUUGAUGUCAGGGCUAGUAAGUCUAUUCAUUCCACCCUACUCUUUCCAGGGUGUAGAGCACAUUGUCGAGUCAAUCGACAGGACCAUAAUGAGCACCGCUGCACCGACACCCGGCUUUCCUUUUGUGUUGCCGCAUUAACCGAGCAGUUGCCCUUUGUCCUGCUGCUUUUCUUUGAUGUUAUGUUUUCCAUUCUGCUCCUGCACUGAUCUCUGCUGCCCCUGGUGGAACAGAGUGGCACUGCUGUUGUCAAUCAUCCCAGUUUCCAGGGCAACAACACAGAAAACUGGGCUUUGGUGAGGGGAAAAUGAAUUAAUAAAGCAGGGUGUCAUGGAAACAGAAUAACAGAGGAUAGAGAGCAAUGUUAACAGGACGUUUAGUGAGGUAAAUGAAGUGUGUGUGGGGAGGGGGCACUUUCCAUCCCUUAACAGUCAAAAACUACACACCAUACACACAAGCACAAAACAUGUCACUACAAGCAGAGUGAAAUUCAGCAGAGUGGACUGACUAACUGAGUCUGGUUUGCUUGACCGAUGACUGUUCAGACUACAGACUGUUCCAUUCUUGUGUAUUGGGGGGUUGGGGUGGCACGGCAAUGACUGUUUUCCAAUAUUGCUAGCUGAAAGGGAAUGUGUUUAGUAACAACUGGCACCUCCCCACAAUUCACAGAAAAUGUUACAUCCCUUAUGUGCAUUGUUACUGAUAUAUUUCUAAGUAUAGUUCUGUUACUAUAUUGCGAAUAUUGCAAUAGUCUUUGCUUUUGAUCUAAACGUAAUGUUGCAAUCAGAAAAUGAAGUUGCACCAGGCUCCACUGUGGCAUAACAUUAAAACGUUUGCCCUUUCACAUGAAGUUUGCAUGUAAAGGCACAUAGCCAUCUGUUUAAAGGAGUCAUCGAGAACAACAUUGGUUCUACUCUGUGGUUUACAGAGUGGGCAUUUCUGUCUGCCCAACUGAUCAAUGCAAAAAUUUUAUCUAAAUUUUAGCCACUGCAAGGGGCAGUUACUUUACAUGUCUCUGAGAAAUCGCAAGUUAGUCCUUAACGUUCCAGACAGCUGACAUGUAAAACUUAAAUAAAAUGAGAUGAAAUUGGCAAAAAAAUCUGUAACAUACGCUAGCACACCAGAGCUGGGAUUUCGAAUACAUCGUAUCGAAUCUCAGCUCUGCCAUCCGGCUGGGUUGGGAGGCUAUAUGAACGUUUGGCUGUUGUUCAUACAGGGUAGGGAGACAGAUAGGGACCUCAUAACUGAUGUAAUUACGACCUCUGCUGGCUGAUUGAUGUUGUUUGCACAGAGUUGAGGAAUAAUGCUGAUCAGGGCUGAUUCGCAUAUGAACUCUUCUCGUGCACGUGUCGGAGGGGACACGAGUCAGUUCGCUGUCCUCAAUCAGGGACGGGGGUCAGCACCAGUAGAGAGGAAGCAUAAUGCAAUUGGGGUCAAAAUUGGAUGCGCUAAAAAAUCAGGAGUAAACGGGAGAAGAUGCAUAUAAAAAAAUAACACAAAAUAACCCUCCAACCUUUAAUGUUUUUUAGCACUCAGAAAAAUUUAUGUUGGUUCUUCUUUUAGUAGCCAAGAUAUAAAACGCUUGCAAGUAAAGCAUUUUUGAGAUACGAUAUAUGAGCAAAACAAAUACUUAAUAAUCUUUUUAAGAUUAUUUGCACAAUAAUGUAAAUACUCUUCUACUAAAAAGGGAGUUACUAUUUUUUAGAAGUACUGAAGGACUUGUAUAUUCAUUACAUUUAUUAACAAAUGUUAAGUUGUAUAAACAAGAUACUAUUUUAAACAUUCUGGAACUGGUUUCAAAAUACAUGUGUAGCUUGAUUGUCAACAUACUAAAUUAUGUUGGGUGUAUAUGA